AUGAGGCUGACACGACUCGUCCCGCUGCUGUGCCUCCUGGUGCUCGCAUGCACCGUCCUCGGCGUGCGCGCAUCCAAUUGGGACAAGGACGACUACGAGAUCUUUGAACUCCAAAACGCCCUCGAAGACUCCGAGGGAAAGGGAACCACAUUCUACUCGCUCCUCGACAUUGCAAAGACGGCCACCCAGUCCGAGAUCAAGCGCGCCUACAGGAAAAAGAGCCUCGAGCUGCACCCGGACAAGAACCUGGGACGACCCGAUGCGCAGAAGCGCUUUGAGCGUCUGGGCCUGAUCAACAAGAUCCUGCGCGACUCGCGCAAGGACCGCUACGACCACUUCCUCACCAACGGCUUCCCCAAGUGGCGCGGCACGGGCUACUUCUACCAGCGCUUCCGGCCGGGACUCGUCUCGGUGCUGCUCGGCCUCGUCGUGUUUUCGUGCGGCAUCGAGGUGCUGAUACGCCACCUCAACGUCCAGCGCGAGCGAGAGAGGACCGAGAGGCUGCGCCGCAGCGCCAUGCUCGUCGCCUGGGGACCCCGGUACGAGGAAAUGGUAUGGAGGAACGCCAGAGAGGCCGCCGGUGCACCAAAGUCCGGCGGCCUGGUGGAGAAAAAGGUGCGCGUACCCGUCUCGGGCUUCGUUGACCUGCCCGCUCCCCUCGGCGGUGCAGAGGACCUCGAAAAGGUGGACUGGCAGGAGAGGGAGAAGAAGUGGAAGCGGUGCGUCCUCUCGGCCUCUGCGCCGUCCUCGUCGUCGAUGCACGGAGGGCGCACGGUCGAGGUGCUGGUCAACCGAGACGAGGUCCUCGUCCACCUCGACGGCGAGUGGUGGCCCCUCGACUCGGACGCCAUCCCCUCUACGUCGUUCACGAGCACCUGGCCCUUCCGGAUCUUCAGCAACCUCACGGCCAGCAAGUCCUCGACGCGCCACCACGGCGAUGGAGAUGAAGGCGAGAAGGGGGAGGAGGAGGAGGAAGAGGAGAGGAGGCAUGCCGAGCAAGUCGAGAGGAAGGCCAGGCAGGUCAUUGCUGCCUCUUCGUCGUCGGAGGACGGCGCGGCGAGGAAGAGAAAGGCAAAGAGGAAGUAG